GCCCAUCAUCAUCAUUCUCUCAUCGUCGGGGUCUGGCUGGCUGGCUGGCUGGCUGGGAUAGCAGAAAUUGCUGGUUGUUGUAUUUGCGUCGGAACUAUCAAAGCUCAAUCGCUUUGGCUGAAGGAUGUGGGAUUAAAAGAGAAUAAAAGGUCAAAAUACCUCCCUGGAUUUAAUUUGUUCCACGAUACUGCCACUACUUCGAAAUGUCGGGGAAAAUAGAGAGUAAACCAGACUCCCAACGCUCCCAUUUGUCUUCCUUCACCAUGAAGCUUAUGGACAAGUUCCACUCUCCCAAAAUCAAAAGGACACCCUCAAAGAAAGUCAGUAAGCCGCCUUUAGAACAUGGCGUCAAGACUGCGGAGAAACCUGCUAACAAGAGUCUGAGUCGGAUACAGGAGCAAGAGAAAGACGUGGUCAGUGCCUUGCGUUACUUCAAGACCAUCAUUGACAAGAUGGCGGUGGACAAGAAGGUGCUGGAGAUGUUACCAGGCUCUGCCAGUAAGGUCCUGGAGGCCAUCCUGCCUUUAGUCCAAGUGGAUGCAAGGAUCCAGCACAGCUCGGGGGUGUCCUCCUGUCUGAACCGUGUGUACCAGAGUCUGGGCAAUCUCAUCCGUUGGUCUGACCAAGUCAUGCUGGAGGGGGUCAACCUGGAAGAUAAAGAAACCAUCUUUACCGUCACCACUGUGAUCAAGGCAGUGCUUGAUGGUGUUAAGGAGCUAGUGAAACUGACCAUAGAGAAACAGGAGCAUCCUUCCCCCACGUCUCCUGUCAAACCAGUGCCAGUGGCCACCCCACCCGAGAGUGCUGCUGAGCCGCCUGCCAAUGAGAAGGAGAGUCUGGACAAGAGCUCAGCCACGUCCCAAUCUAUGGAAGCCCUGACUGAACCCACUGGAGAGGAGGAGGAGGAGGAGGUGGUGGCCCCACCAAAACCCCCUCUCCCUGGCCUCAAGAUGGCUGAACACAAUCCUCCUGCUCUGCCUCCAAAGAAGCGCCAGUCUGCCCCCUCACCCACCCGGGUGGCAGUAGUGGCCCCCAUGAGCCGCGCCACCAGUGGCUCCAGUCUUCCCAUGGGCAUCGGCCUCCACAAACAGGAGUACGAGGUGGAUGCCCUGCAGAGGCGCUUCUCUGGGGGCAGCCAUUACUAUGGAGGGGAGUCGCCGCGCAUAUCCCCCUGCAAUAGCAUGGGCAAGCUGAGCAAGUCCGACGGGCAGCUGUCCUGGACAAUGGACAGUGGGCAGUGCUCACGCAACACCAGCAGUGAGGCUCUGGACACCACAGACCACUACGACCCGGACUACGACUUCCUGCACCAGGACCUGUCCAGCUUGGAGCAGAUGACUCCUGUGCCAGUGGGAGCGUGCCUCAGCCCCCUGCCUGAGUCCCACAGCGAGUCUUCCUGCCCUGGCCCCGGUCCGCCGCUGGCACAACUCCACUUCAGCUCCCUCCAGGCCUGCUCCGUGACUUCCGCCCUGCCGCCCCCUGCCCUGCCAGAAAAGAAGCGCAGAGGUGGCGCCUGCUCAGGCUUUUCCGACGGCUCCUACUCGGGCUCAUCCUGGUGCGUUUCCUUUGAGCGCCACCCAUCCCAGUACGACAACCUCAUGGAGGAGGACCUACCGCCUGUGCCCCCCUUUCCCCUGUUCACGCCCGACAUCUUGCCCCUGUGCCACACCGCCGGGGGGUUUGUGUCUGAGUUCAGCGGCAGCGAGACGACAGAUGUACCUCAGAGUCCACCGCCACUCCCUGAGAAGAAGAGCCGUCACAUACUGAAGUACAUGCAGUUUGUGGAAGACUACUCGGAGCCCCAGCCCUCAGUUUUCUACCAGAUGCCACAGAGCAAGAGCAUCUAUGAGCAACGCAACAAGCACUUCCAGGAAGUCUACGGCUUCAAUGACUCGUUUAGCAGCAGCGACUCUGUCCACGAGCCCCUCCCACCCCCGGCACUGCCACCCAAACAGAGGCAGCUGGCCUCCCACUCUGCCUCUUCCUCGUCCUCGUCCUCUUCCUCGUCCUCUCUCUCCUGCCACCUUCAGCAGUCGCAGGCUGCAGUGGUGGUGGAGGAGGAGACGGGGGCUGCUCUCAGCAUGUCAGUCUCUAACUCCUCCCUGAACACCCCUAUGAGCAUGGACCUAGCGGCCCCGGGCAGUGGCAGCCCUGACCCUGUGCUGGUGGCCAACGGCUCUCUGGACAGCUCUCUUGCUAUCGGUCUUCUCACUGACUCUUCUUUCUCUGACACUCGUCAAACCUCUUUGAGCGAAAGCGCUAACGAGGAAGGCGGGGAGGGAGAGUACGUUAAUCUGUACACAUCCAGCCAAGCCAACGGAGAUGGGCUCUCCCGCCGAGACUCGUCUGCCAUAGAUGACUCACUGGAGGACACUGCCUCAGAGAACCCACUGUGCAAUAACAAGGACAUGUCCGAUGACCGCCGAAGACAAAAGUCGUCUGAAGAUGGGCAGAGUAGCGAGGAGACGGAUGAGCUUUCCCUCAUCGAUCACAUGGAGAUCAUGUCCCGGUUAACACUAAAGCAGGAGAACGAUGACGGUCCAGAUGUCCGAGCCGGAUCGGGGGAUAUUUUAUUAGUCCACGCCACAGAAACGGACCGCAAAGAUCUUGUCUUGUACUGUGAGGCUUUCCUGACGACGUACAGAACGUUCAUAACCCCAGAGGACCUUAUCAAAAAGCUGCACUACAGAUACACCAGGUUUUGUCACUGCCCAGAUACCUUCAAGAAGAAAGUCAGCAAAAACACCUUCUUUGUUCUUGUCCGUGUGGUGGACGAGCUGUGUCUGGUGGAGAUGACGGAGGACAUCCUGAUGCAGCUGAUGGACUUGGUGUUCAGGCUGGUGUGUAACGGUGAGCUGAGCCUGGCCCGCGUCCUCCGCACAAACAUCCUGGACAAGGUGGAGCAGAGGAAGCUGCUGCGCUACACCUACUCGCUCAAACCACUGGCCGCAAGAGGUGUCGCCGCCAGACCUGGGACCCUGCACGACUUCCGAAGUCAUGAGAUCGCCGACCAGCUAACUCUCCUGGAUGCAGAGCUCUUCUACAAAAUUGAGAUCCCUGAGGUUUUGCUUUGGGCUAAAGAGCAGAACGAGGAGAAGAGUGCCAACCUCACACAGUUCACAGAGCACUUUAACAACAUGUCCUACUGGGUACGCUCCAUAAUCAUUCUGCAAGAGAAAGCCCAGGACCGAGAAAAGCUCCUCCUCAAAUUUAUCAAAAUAAUGAAGCACUUACGGAAGCUAAAUAAUUUCAACUCAUAUUUGGCAAUAUUAUCUGCCUUGGAUUCAGCUCCCAUCCGAAGACUGGAGUGGCAGAAAACAACCUCAGAGGGCCUAGAGGAAUACUGCACGUUAAUAGACAGCUCCUCGUCGUUCCGGGUCUACCGAGCGGCACUGGCAGACGUGGAGCCCCCAUGUAUACCAUAUCUGGGUCUUAUCCUCCAGGACUUGACCUUUGUCCAUCUGGGCAACCCUGAUCAAAUCAACGGGAAGGUCAACUUCUCCAAGCGCUGGCAGCAGUUCAACAUCCUGGACAGCAUGAGGCGCUUCCAGCAGGUGCAUUAUGAUCUGAAACACAACGACGAUAUUGUCUCCUUCUUCAACGACUUCAGCGACCACCUGGCAGAGGAGGCUCUGUGGGAGCUGUCUUUGAAGAUCAAACCUCGGAACAUUACGCGGCGCAAAACAGAGCGUGAAGAAAAGACAUAGGAACAUGUCCCACUGUAUUGGGCCUUGGGUCAAACUCUUCAUGAUUACAAGAGACUACAAACGAGAACUGUGAAGGCAGCUAAAAGACUGGGAUGUUUUUUUGUUAGUAGUUUACAGGACCUCUCUGCUGUGGAUUGCACUGGGUCUCAGUCCGUGUGUGAGUAAAGCCAGUGGGAUAGACACUGUGCAGAGCACAAAGUGUUGGGAGGCUCGCAAAAAGAUUCCUCAUGUUCACCUUUGUCGCCAACCUCAUCCACCCAAUGCCAUAUUAUGGGUAUAGUCCAAGCAUUUCAGGAUCUCACAACCAGAGACAUUGUCCUGACUAAAACCAUAUCAUACUGAUGUGUGCCAUGGGAAACACCACUCAGUUUAAGGCUUCUUUUUUAUAUGGGACACCAGCCCUUUUUUUGAUGACAAACUGGGAUACCAUAACGCCUGACAUGGCAGAGAACCGCUGUUGGUGGUGCAGAACUUUGAGGAAAAUACCUCAAAUCACCCGGGUCUGCUUCAAGACUACUGGUGGUAAAGAUAUUACUGAUGCACACAAGACUGAAUUUUGUUGUUCAAGGAAGUGUUGUAUGAUACUGUCUGACUGAUGCAAGGCAGUUUUCCUUUUGUUCUUUAAAAGGAUACUUCAGAAAUGGGGAGACGUGAUAUGAAGUUUAUAUACAGUACCAGUCAAAGGUUUGGACACACCUACUCAUUCAAGUGUUUUUAUUUGUACUAUUUUCUACAUUGUACAAUAAUAGUUGAUAUCAAAACUAUGAAAUAACAAAAAAAAUGUUUUACCUUUAUUUAACUAGGCAAGUCGGUUAAGAACAAAUUCUUAUUUACAAUGACUGCCUACCCAGGCCAAACCCGAACGAUGCUCCCAAUCACGGCCGGAUGUGAUACAGCCUGGAUUCAAACCAGUGACUGUAGUGAUGCCUCUUGUACUGAGAUGCAGUGCCUUAGACUGCCUUGCCACUCAGAUCCUACAUAUGGAAUCAUGUAGUAACCAAAAAAGUGUUAAACAUUUGAGAUUUUUCAAAGUAGUGAGUGACCCUUUGCCUUGAUGAUAGCUUUGUACACUCUUGGCAUGCCUUAAAAGUUAAUUUGUGGAAUUUCUUUCCUUAAUGCAAUUGAGCCAAUCAGUUGUGUUGUGACAAGGUAGGGGUGGUAUACAGAAAAUAGUCAUAUUUGGUAAAAGACCAAGUCCAUAUUUUGUCAAGAACAGCUCAAAUAAACAAAGAGAAACGACAGUCCAUCAUUACUUUCAGACAUGAAGGUCAGUCGAUCUGGAAAAUGGCAAGAACUUUGAAAGUUUCUUCAAGUGCAGUUGCAAAAAACCAUCAAGCACUAUGAUGAAACUGGCUCUCAUGAGGACCGCCACAGGAAAAGAAGACCCAGAGUUACCUCUGCUGCAGAGGAUAAGUUCAUUAGAGUUACCUGCACCUCAGUUUGCAGCCCAAAUAAAUGCUUCAGAGUUCAAGUAACAACACAUCUCAACAUCAACGGUUCAGAGGAGACUGCGUGAAUCAGGCCUUCAUGGUCAAAUUGCUGAAAAGAAACCACUACUACAGGACACCAAUAAUAAGAAGAGACUUGCUUGGGCCAAGAAACACGAGCAAUGGUGGAAAUACCUCCUUUGGUCUGAUGAGUCCAAAUCUGAGAUUUUUGGUUCCAACCGCCUUGUCUUUGUGAGAUGAGUAGGUGAACGGAUGAUCUCUGCGGUUCCCACCGUGAAGCAUGGAGGAGGUGUGAUGGUGCUUUGCUGGUGACACUGUCAGUGAUUUAUUUAGAAUUCAAGGCACACUUAACCAGCAUGGCUACCACAGCAUUCUGUAGUGAUACGCCAUCCCAUCUGGUUUGCGGUUAGUGGGACUAUCAUUUGUUUUUCAACAGGAUAAUGACCCAACACACCUUCAGGCUGUGUAAGGGCUAUUUUACUAAGAAGGAGAGUGAUUGAGUGCUGCAUCAGAUGACCUGGCCUCCAAUCACCUGACCUCAACCCAAUUGAGAUGGUUUGGGAUGAGUUGGAAAAGCAGCCAACAAGUGCUCAGCACAUGUGGGAACUCCUUCAAGGCUGCUAGAAAAGCAUGUUGAGAGAAUGCCAAGUGUGUGUGCAAAGCUGUCAUCAAGGCAAAGAGUAGCUACUUUGAAGAAUCUCAAAUAUAAAAUAUUUUGAUUUGUUUAACACUUUUUUGGUUACAAAAUUAUUCCAUGUGUUAUUUCAUAGUUUUGAUGUCUUGUUCUACAAUGUACAAAAUAGUAAAAAUAAAGAAAAACCCUUGAAUGAGAAGGUGUCCAAACAUUUGACUGGUGUACUUAAAAAUCAAACGAACACCUCACGAGUGGCGCAGAGGUCUAAGGCACUGCAUCGCAAUGCUUGAGGUGUCACUACAGACCCGGGUUCGAUCCCAGGCUGUGUCACAACAAGCUGUGACCAGGAGUCCCAUAGGGCGGCACACAGUGGGCCCAGCGUCGUCCGGGUUAGGGGAGGGUUUAGCCGGGAGGGGCUUUACUUGUCUCAUCGCUCUAGCAACUCCUUGUGGCGGGCCGGGUGCUUGCAGUCUGAUUUCGGUCGUCAGUUGAACAAUGUUUCCUCCGACACAUUGGUGCAGCUGGCUUCCGGGUUAAGCUGGCGGGUGUUAAGAAGCUCAGUUUGGUGGGUCAUGUUUCGGAGGCCUCUCCUGAGCCCGUUGGAGAGUUGCAGUAAUGAGACAACAUUGCAAUUGAAUAUCACAAAAUUGAGGAGAAAAAGGGGAUAAAAUAAAACAUUAAUGAACAAAAAGGUGAUGUGAUUUGUGUCAAGGGAUCUAUACAUAGCAGUGAACAUUACAGCAAUCAUAAGUGGACCUUAGGCAAGCAUGUCCAUAUCAAGUCUCUCUCAAAGACUGAGGGACACCUCAAUGCCAAAUGAAGCAAAUACAAGAUGGCACAUUAUCCCUUGACAGAAUCAACCCUACCAGACCACAGAUCCCUGUGCAAGUAAAUAAAACCUGCAGUAUUUCUACAUGUUAUGUGUGCAUAAUUUAUUCCUCUCUGCCAUAGUCAUCCCGUGCAGUGUGCAAAUAGAUGGCAUCAAGUAAGCAUAGAAUGAAUGGAGGGUCAAUGGAGGUUUUCCUGAUGAAUAAAACAUUUCUAAUGGCAAUCAUGCCUGAAAUAUGACAGUCAGAACAUACUUGGAAAAAUCUGUCCCGCGCCAUUGGACAAUUUUCUCCCCAUUUCAUUGAAGAAGUGAACCUUUUGAGUCUCAAAUUGAUUGCAGUACCAAAGUCAGUGCACCGAUGUAUUCCAGUGUAACCACAGGAGAUUCCGUAAAAACACCACUUCGAUACAGCUACAACCGGACGCGACUUUUUCGGAGCAAGUUAGAACUUAAAGCAGCAGGUUUGGAGAAUUAGAUUAGGGUUAGUGAAAAUGCUCUUCUAACCGUCUACAAAGUCACUUCCAGUCGUAGCUGUAUCAAAGUGCCGUUUUUAGGGAGUCCCGGCCGCAGGGCUGUCCAUCCGUGAGACCAUAAAUCAGUAGUCGACUUGAGGGUCUGCUGCUGUGGAGACAGCCUCUGUCUAAACUUGGGGAGAUUCUCAUUUGGUCAAAAGACCAUCCUCUCUGACGACUCAGUCCUCUCCUCUGUGACCUGGAAACCGAUAAGUGGUCGAGUAGUGUCAAUUAGUUAGUAGGCGACCGGAAGCGUGUCCUCACUACCUCCCGCCGAGGAAGCACAAGGCCUUUUCUCAUUUGGGGAAAAGUCUGUCCUCCAGCUCUCCUCCGUAACCCAGAAACCGAUAAGUGGUCGAGGAGAUGUAAAUUCAUUAGUAGGCAAAUGGAAGACGUCCCCUUCUCGAUAACCACCGAUCAUCGAGGAUAUUCAUGUGUAUCCUGAGUCCUCCACAGAAGUGGUUUAAAAUUUGCCACACACCCUCUGAAUCAGCUUUUGUUUUGGUCGGAGGAUAGCAUGCACACAUUUUAAAACAAUAUGCUACUUAUAGUUUUAUCUAUAAAAUGUAUGGCAAAACUAACUUAUGUUUUUAUGACUACACAUUUAUUCAGGGUUCUACCACUGUAAACGUAAUUUGAGUUGAGUUAUUUCAUACAAGCGCAUUGUCCACAUUCAGUCUCCUCGCCACCUCUCCUUGAUUGCCUUUUACAAAUGGAGGCAAGAGGGGACGCAGGAGUUGAGCAAAUCAAAUUGAGAAAAGGCGUAGUGCUAUCUGGGAUCUUUGUCGUCCCUACCCUUCCCUCAUAAAUAAGUACUACUCAACACUACUAUACAAAACCUACUGGUUUUACUAAAUGAUUGCUUUUGAGAUGUGUAUCCACUGCUACUUAAGUAGUUUUUGGGGAUAUCUGUACUUUACUAUUUAUAUUUUUAACUACUUUCACUCAAUAUAUUUUCCCUAAAUUAUGUCAGUGUUGGAGUGUGCCCCUGACUAUCCGUAAAAAAAGAAUUUGUUUGAUCUGGUUUUCCUAAUAUGGAAUUUAAAAUUAUUUAUACUUUUACUUUUGAUAGUUAAGUAUGGUUAAAAUCAAAUACUUUUAGACUUUUACUCAAGUAUAGCAGUUGGGUACUUUAUCCACUACUGACCAGUAGUGAUUUACACUACCGUUCAAAAGUUUGGGGUCACUUAGUCAAAAACAAGGACAUUUCUAUCUACAUAGGACAUAAUCAGCAAUCAUCACUCCUGUGUUCCAAUGGCACAUUGUGUUAGCCAAUCCAAGUUUAUAAUUUUAAAAGGCUAAUUGAUCAUUAGAAAACCCUUUUGCAAUUAUGUUAGCACAGCUGAAAACUGUUUUGCUGAUUAAAAGAAGCGAAAAAACUGGCCUUCUUUAGACUAGUUGGUUAUCUGGAGCAUCAGCAUUUGUGGGUUUGAUUAAAGGCUCAAAAUGGCCAGAAACAAAGGACUUUCUUCUGAAACUCAUCAGGCUAUUCCAUGUGAGAAAUUGCCAAGAAGCUGAAGAUCUGGUACAACGCUGUGUACUACUCCCUUCACAGAACAGCACAAACUGGUGCUAACCAAAAUAGAAAGAGGAGUGGGAGGCCCCGGUGCACAACUGAGGAAGAGGACAAGUACAUUAGUGUCUAGUUUGAAAAACAGACGCCCCACAAGUCCUCAACUGGUAGCUUCAUUAAAUAGUACCUGCAAAACACCAGUCUCAAUGUCAACAGUGAAGAUGCGACUCUGGGAUGCUGGCCUUCUAGGCAGAGUUCCUCUGUCCAGUGCCUGUUCUUUUGCCCAUCUUAAUCUUUACUUUUUCUUUGCAACUGCCAAGUGCACAUUUUAUUAACUCAAGUUUCUAACUUGUUAUAUCAAACAAGAAAUAAGAUUUAUGCAAAUAUAUUUAUUUUAUUAAAUUCA